AUGGAUAAUUCGAUUUCAACACACACUCGAUUAGAUUCACUUGGGAAAACAAUUCUAGAAGCCGAAUUGGAUAUUUGUCAUUAUAUUCAAUUUGAUUAUAUCGUUCUUUGGAAUUCAUCGGCCGAAAUAUGUAAAGAUAUAAAGUGUGCAAUGCCUACAAAUGGUUCAUCGCCAUCAUCGAUAUUUGAAAAUACCAACACUAAAGAAGCAUUCAAUCAAUCGGAUGUGAUUGUUUUCGUAACUGAUGGAGAAAUUGGUAAUGCAAGUGUCGCACAGGUAAGCACAAACUAUUCAAAGCUUUCGACAAUCAACAUGUCUGAAGUUCGCUGUUUAUUAUUUCAUCCGUCGGCAAUUGACAUUUCUGUCCUUGCUCCAUUGAUGAUCGAUUCCAAUGUUUUAUGUCUCUUCUACGACGGUAAAACAUUCUAUGUUCUUUCAUCAGUUGGUUAUAUCAGUAAUAUAUAUAAAUCACCGGAUAAUUUCACAGAUUAUGCAAGUCCAACGACAGUUGACCUCGAUGAAUUGUUUCAUCAUAUUCAAAUCUAUGGAUACGCGAACAUUCCCCAUGGUUGUAUUAAAAUUCAUGAAAAUGAACAAGAAAUCGUUGCUUUCAAUUUCGAUGAAUUCAUUAGUGUAAAAGAUGUGUAUUUUUCAAUGAAAAUUGACGAAGAAGAAUGGAAAACAUUGAUUCAAUAUGGAAAGAUUAGUAAUAAGUUGUCCGAACUCCGAUAUUCAGUCACUCAAAUGAAACUGGAAGCGAUCCGAUUAGAUAUGCACAAGAUCAAAAGCGACCAUGAUUUUAAAUACACGAAACAACGGGAUGAGAUCAUCGAAAAUAUUCUUCUUCUCCAAUCAACCGAGCAGUCAGAAACGGAAGAUGAACUUGCCAGACUUCGCCAACAACUAUGA